AUGGCGUCUCUCUUCACACGCGCGAGGUUAAUGACCUUCUCAAAGUUGGUCGCCGGCACAGCCAUCGCGGUGCCGACCGGCUUCCACCUAUGGACCCGCCAAUGUGCGUUCGAUGAAUCGUUCUCACCGGCCACGGAUCCCGUCUUCCAGCACCCGUUCCUCAAGAAGGCAAACCCAAAGAACAACCCCGACUUCCACGACUGCUACUUACGCACCGUUCCAUUCGAUAAGAUACGCCCUGACCUGCUUGAAGAUGCGCUGAAUGGUGGAUCCAAACUGGUGGAAACGUAUUCAGCUGGUCUCUGGGGUCGUUAUGCAUUCACUCCUCAGCGCAAAAUCAUAGAAUUGGCUAGGAAAGACGGAUCCAAUGCAAGUGACAUGUGGGAGAAGGAGGACUUGUUAAAGAGUUCCUAUCCCGUCGGCGCAAUAUUCGCGGACGACUUCAUUGUCAUCGACAAGUCCCCUAACACAUUGAUGUUUCGUGGUGGUCUAUCGCCCAGAGUAGCACCUGAAGGGCCGCGCGAGAUGGACACUUUCAUCACACUUACCACGGAGCUUGACCCCAAAACUCAAGUGGCCAAGUUCAAGCUCAAGUCCAUGGUGAUAGAUGGCGUGAGCGACGGAAAGGGUGUGCCUUUGGGAGGCUUUGCAUGCUUCUUGCACCAGCAGUACGCCAAGUUACUGCUGACAGCGGGCGUUGACCACUGCAUCGCAUGA